GAGACAGGUUGGCUGGUCAGGCGGAUGGGCUCAAACCCCUCCUGAGGGUAGGGAGGGAGCCAAAGAACUUGAGCGCUGUGGGGCGUCCCUCCCUCCUCACUCCACGGCUCAGGUGGAGCCUCCCAGAGGGCAUCUUUGCCAGGGAAAAAGAGAGCCGACCUCUUUUAUCAGCUCUCCGCCCAGGCCCAGCCCACGACGGCUUAGCACACACCCGCCAGGAGGGAGAGGAGAGGAAGAGGAGGCACAGAAGAGACGGGUUCGCCCUUGCAGACCUCCCAGGGGCAGGGCAACCACAGAGGAGUCUGAAGCCACCCUCGGAGGUCCCAGCAGGGAUUCACUCGGCUGGGCAGGGGCAGGGCAGGGGCAGCGGUGGCACUGGCUCCCCUGCUUCAGUGGCCGCCCCUUGUAAUUUGACACUUGGAUCUCCAGGACGACCAACAACAAAAAAGCUGAGGCCGAGACAGCAGCUGGCUGUCAGCAGCCAGGAGCUCCACUCCUCUGAGGAAGGCGCCCAGCAGCGGGUCAGGAAAGAGGCAUCCGAGAAGGAAGGAAGAGGUGGUGGCCGGGCGAAGCCAGGCAAGGGAGGCUGCCGGGCUCCCCAGCAUCCGCGGUUGCCCCUCAACCCAACACCUGAGCUCCCAGGUGGGUGGGGACUCCCAGCCCCAUCUCAGUGAGGCCCGGCAGGAGCCCGGCAGGAGCCCGAUGCACCAUGGCAGCCGCCAACUUUGUGCAGGAGAUGCGCUCCAUGGGCGAGAAGCUGCUGCUCAAGCUGCAGAAGCUGCCCCAGGCCGAGCCUGUGGAGAUCGCGGCCUUCUCGGUCAUCCUCCUUUUCACAGCCACCGUGCUGGUGCUGCUGCUGAUCGCCUGCUGCUGCUGCUGCAGGGACUGCUGCUGCCCUGAGCGCAGAGGCAGGAAGGUCCAAGUGCGGCCCGUGAGCCCACCGUGAGGGACAGAGACGAGGAGGAGAAGCUGGAGAGGAGGCUGCCAAGCCAGGAUCCCGCGUGCCAGCCUGGCCCUGCCCGGGAACCCGACACCCGCAGCCUUAUCAAGGAAACAAGGGCUGGUACGGCCACCAAACUCUCACCUGCCAGUGAAUGCUGGGUGCCAAGGAGGAGUCACCUGUUUAAAACCUGAGGAAA